GUAACGCUGUCGUCGUGAUGGACAUCCUUGCACAAAAUGCCCACCGACUGGAAGUCUCCAGAUUAAAGACUAACUAUGAACGAGAUCAGGAAAUUAUUGCACUUUUGCGCAAGAAACAACUAAUAUCUCUAGCCUACAAGGACCCGACGAAAAGGUUGGAAUACAUGUAUCAAUCGAUACACAAUGACGAGACGCUGACCAAAGAAGAGAAGAGAGCUGUCUGGGGUGCAUGCAAGAAAAUGGUACCAGAAACUUUGUCGUUUGUCGUCGAAUGCUCCCAAAAAGAUCAAAGCAGUUUUGCUGGACAGUACGUCGACGCAGUUCAAAACAUUGUCUUACCACUCUUUAUAAUGACGAACACCCUCUAUAAAAUGGCAUUCUCCUUUUAUCCUG